GCCCCCGCGUCGCAGUGGUUUCUCCUGCAGGUCGCUCCCCUGGGCGGGGCGGCCAGUAGUGCAGCCCACGAAGCAGCGGCUGCGCCCCUUUCCUCUGGGUGGCCCCAGCGCGCGCGCGCGGACACUCAUUCAGCCCUGGGAGGUGAGGCAAGAAGAGGCCAGUGCGGAAUUUGCAACCCAGCCGCAGCGCCGGCCAACUAAGCCCCGGAGCCCGGUAAACAAAAGAGACCGCUCGGCUUAGGCAGGCACAAGCUGAGUUGGGCCUGAACACAGAGAUGGCCGGGCAAGGCUGCCGGGCGGUGCUGGCGCUGUGCUGGACAUUGACCGCCUGCGCUUGGCUGUUGGGUACCGAAGCCCAGGAGCCCGGGGCACCCACGGCGGGCUUGAGGCGGCGGCGGCUUCUGCUGCAGGAGGACGGCAUCUCCUUCGAGUACCACCGCUACCCCGAGCUGCGCGAGGCUCUGGUGUCCGUAUGGCUGCAGUGCACCGCCAUCAGCAGGAUCUACACUGUGGGGCGCAGUUUCGAGGGCCGGGAACUCCUGGUCUUAGAGCUGUCCGACAACCCAGGUGUCCAUGAGCCUGGUGAGCCUGAAUUUAAGUACAUUGGGAAUAUGCAUGGUAAUGAAGCAGUUGGACGAGAACUGCUCAUAUUUUUGGCCCAGUACCUGUGCAAUGAGUACCAAAAAGGGAAUGAGACCAUUGUCAACCUGAUCCACAACACUCGGAUCCACAUCAUGCCUUCCCUGAACCCUGAUGGCUUUGAGAAAGCAGCAUCCCAGCCUGGUGAACUCAAGGACUGGUUUGUGGGUCGGAGCAAUGCCCAGGGAAUAGAUCUAAACCGGAACUUUCCUGACCUGGAUAGAAUAGUUUAUGUGAAUGAGAAAGAAGGUGGUCCAAAUAAUCAUCUGUUGAAAAACCUGAAGAAAAUUGUGGAUCAAAACACAAAGCUGGCUCCUGAGACCAAGGCUGUCAUUCACUGGAUUAUGGAUAUUCCUUUUGCUCUCUCUGCCAAUCUCCAUGGAGGAGACCUUGUUGCCAAUUAUCCAUAUGAUGAGACACGGACUGGUAGUGCUCAUGAAUACAGCUCCUGCCCAGAUGAUGUUGUUUUCCAAAGCUUGGCUCGAGCAUACUCAUCUUUUAACCCAGCGAUGUCUGACCCCAAUCGACCUCCAUGCCGCAAGAAUGAUGAUGACAGCAGCUUUGUAGAUGGGACAACCAAUGGUGGUGCUUGGUACAGUGUACCAGGAGGAAUGCAAGACUUUAAUUACCUCAGCAGCAACUGUUUUGAGAUCACUGUGGAACUUAGCUGUGAAAAGUUCCCACCUGAAGAGACUCUGAAGCGCUACUGGGAGGAUAACAAAAACGCCCUCAUUAGCUACCUUGAACAGAUACACCGUGGAGUUAAAGGAUUUGUCCGAGACCUUCAAGGUAACCCAAUCGCCAACGCAACCAUCUCUGUGGAAGGAAUAGACCAUGAUGUUACAUCUGCAAAGGAUGGCGAUUACUGGAGAUUGCUUGUACCUGGAAAUUAUAAACUUACAGCUUCAGCUUCAGGCUAUCUGGCAAUAACAAAGAAAGUGGCAGUUCCUUAUAGCCCUGCUGUUGGAGUUGAUUUUGAACUGGAGUCAUUUUCUGAAAGAAAAGAAGAAGAGAAGGAAGAAUUGAUGGAAUGGUGGAAAAUGAUGUCAGAAACUUUAAAUUUUUAGAAAGACUUCUAAUUAGCUAUUUUAGCCUAUCAUAUAUAGUAUAUUAUGAUGUGAUGUGGCCAUUUUCUUUUUAAUUUGGUGCAGUUAACAUUCAACACUGAAUGAUUUAUUUUUAAUCACUAAAUGCUAAUCAGGAUUACUUAAAAUACAUAAUUAGAGUCUUAGGUAAAAAUAUAAUAACUUGAUCUUUUCAUUAUCUUAUAGAACAUUCAUUUUCCUACAUAUAUUAUACAGAAGACUGCAGAAAAGUUGUUAGUAAUCUUGCCAGCUUGAAUUUAAAUGCAAUAUUCCAUGUGUUAUUUACAGUACAGAACUUUGGAGUAAUUCUAGCUUUUAAAAAUGAGUGAAGUUCUUCUAAUAUGGUUGGUGGCAUUGUCACAUAAUGAAUGCCAUUGAAAAGGUCAAUACCUUUCAGUUUAGGAUUGUGAGCACGCCACAGCAAGACUUAAAUAGUUCAGUAUAAAUAGUCAUUUGUCUCAUCUGCUGACUAGCUAUAUAAGCAUGAUUUUGGUAAUGCGUUUUUGAUGGGGAGAAAAUGUAAAUGUUUAGUUUACCAAGAAGUUUUAUGAAAGGAAUGAAAAGUCAUGUUUUGCUUAUACGUAUAGGAACAAUGCAAUUACAUUAUUCAGCCUGUUAACACUACUUCAAGAUUUAGUGUUUUCUCUUGUUUGUUGAUUGACCCAGAAUUGCAUUCUAAAUGAAUAAAAGUUAAA